AAGAAGAAACAUUUGUCAUCGAGAAUCCAAACUUAUUCAGUACUAUCUUGUUGACGUUUUGAUCGAAAAUGUACAUUGCCGGAACUCUAUGGAAAUGGACAAAUUAUUUCAGUGGUUGGCAGGAGAGAUGGUUUGUUCUGGAUAAUGGCAUUUUGUCGUAUUACAAAUCAGAGGACGAUGUUAACACUGGCUGUAAAGGCUCUGUUAAAAUGUCCGUCUGUGACAUUGCAGUUCAUGCAACGGACCACACGCGGCUUGACCUGAUCAUUCCUGGGGAGCAACAUUUCUACUUGAAAGCUUCCAACCCGAAAGAGCGACAACAAUGGCUGGUGGCAAUGGGAUCCACCAAAGCUUCAAUGGGAAAGGCGAAUGAGGAACCUGAGGACAAUUCCAAGGACGUAUUAAAGAAGAAGCGCUCAGAGUUACGACUGUACUGCGAUCUCCUUAUGCAGCAAAUCCAUUCGGUUAAACACACUGUGGUCGACCAAGGGACUGAUUCUCAGAAGUUUGAUGAUGCCUCGUCCCUGAUACACCCCACAUGCGACAUGUUCAUUAAGACGCUUGAGGAGUGUAUGGAGCUGGUUCAGAUUGCCUCUGUCAACUUCGAGGCACCUCAUUCGCCAAUCACAGACGCAGCCCUACCCCCCUCACCACUUCAUAGAGUCGCAAAAAAGAAGCACAAGAACGCAAGCAGACAGAACUCACAAGAAAGGUCAGCCUCUAGAUCUCCCUCGAUAUCCAGUGCAGAAAAUAUUCCACCACUUCGUACCAGCUCCACUCCCCAACCCACCAGGCAAAACUCCGCACCCUCGUCAUCAAAGAUCAGUCCACGAACAUUUUCCGAUUCAGACUCAUCUGGUAGAGAUCGAGCAUAUUCCGAUUCAUCUGUUAGACAUAGUAACUUUUCUGUUAGCAAGAGCUCACAAAAUUCUUCAAGUUUUGAUGGUGGUUAUUCUAAGGGAAAUUUGCAAUAUACUGCUAACCAAUCUACAAAUUCACAGACUACAAAUUCAAGAUUACAAAAUAUAAGUGAGACUGGCACAGUGCAAUCGGUUGAAAAUGGUGUGAAAAUCAAUGGCAAAAGUGAAACCAGUCUAAAAGUUUUGACUAGCAAAUCAAAUGAGAGACAAUCUGACCUUACAGAUGAUGCAACAAGUGACUGUGAUGUGUUCUUGGACCCUAUGGAGUUGAGGGUUCCCACCUUCUUUUCAGUUAUGUCAACUAGUUUGGUUGAUAUCCGGUUGCAGCCAGAUGGUGGUAUUCCCGUGGAACCAUUUCUUGAGGCCUGUAAAAACGUGCUGCCUGUAUUUGAUAAAUUGAACUCGACAGCUUUUGCACCGGUGAAAAUGGAUUUCCAGGGAAAUAUCAGAAAAGUGAAAACCAAAUACCAAGUAAAUCCGGAAGAAUUCAGCACACUUCAACGCAUUGUGAAACAUGAGAUCACCAAGAAACAACAGUUUAAUCCAUCUUCAGCAUCAAUGGCUCUACUCUGGCUUAAAAGAAGCCUAGAAUUCAUAUCUGGUUUUCUGAACGAGAUCCGACAAGGGGAAGAGAACCUGAGCGUUGCAGCCACAAAUGCCUAUUCCACAUCCCUGAAACCUUUCCAUGGUUGGGUGGUCAGGGGAGUGUUUGCUGUGGCGGUAAAGGCCCUCCCGUACAGAAGUACAUUUCUGCCCCUGCUGGAUCCAUCCCCCAACAGGGAACAGACGGACAAACAAUCAUUCCUGGACAGCCUUAUGUCCGAUAUUGAAUCAUUCUGUGAUGCUUCAAAAGUGUUCGUUGACAUCCUAGAUGAUUAUUUCAAAUCCAAUGGUUUAAAUGUUGAGGAACAAAUUUAGGUUAUUUUAUACCAAUUCAUUUUACAUAUAUCAAUUCAUUGAUUGUGAUUUUUUUUUAUCAGUCAAGUUUGAUUGUAAGACCCGCUCUUUUUGUAGCGUUCUGUGUCUUCUCAGGAAUCAGACUGGUCCAUGAUUCUACAAAACAACCAGCUAUCAUCGAGGUCAAGCAAAAACAAGUUGCUGUCAAUCCUUUUUUUAGAUAAAAAAAUCAGACAACAAAGGGAUGAAAAAAUCUUUAAAAGCUUGCACCAUAGUUAGCCCUAUGAUUUUUUUUGUAUUAAUUCGAUGAUAAAAGCGAAUAAGUUUUCUGAUUUUAAGUGCAAAAAAGUGCCUAUAAAAAAAUACUUGCUGUGAAUCAAAUUAGCCUUUAUAGUUCACAGUUUAAUGUGAAUAUUUCAAAUAUUUUUUUGAAAAUUGAAAUCAUUUGAUUUGUUAUGAUUUCAUGCAUUUAUCAUGUUAAAGAAGCAUUUUUUUAUUAUGUAAAAAAGUAUUAAGAGUUGUAUUUUAAAAUUUGAUUAUGCUACUGUUACAAAUCACUAUUUUUGCAAUCUUGUUUUUUUGUGAUUCAUUCUUCUGUAUAUUCAAGAAAUUUACAAACAAUUUAUGAUGUUAUAAUCAUUGUUCUGCGGUAUUUAUGUGUAUUUUUUUUAUGAAGACGUCAAAAAGUAUUGAAAAUACUUGAGUCACUUAAAUAUUAUCGUCAUCCUAAUGAUUAAACUAUGUGCUUUGGUGUAGAAAGAUAUUUCGAUAUGCUUCGCUAGAUGGGAACUGAGAAAUAUUUUUAAUGAAAAUAUUUAUGUCAUUAAGUUUUUCAUGGUUUUUUACUUAUCAUGUUUUGUUGUAACAUUCCAUUUUGCAUUUUAUUUAUUUUAAUUUAUUUCUCUAUCGUGUAUUGGGUCUACUUUGACCAUAUAAUUUUAGCAGUGUGGUACUUAAACCUAAAAAAGAUAUAACUUUGUUUCUGGUUAUGGCCUGAAAUCAUUUAUUUUUUAUUUUUGCAUGGCAAACAGUUGUUCUUAUAAUAUGCAUUUGAGAACCUAUUAAAAUUAAUAUUGGGUUUAAAAAAUGCAUUUUCUUAGGACCAUUUUCAUACAUCUUUAUAAAAGAAAGAUUUUUAAAUAUAAAAAAAAAAUGGGUUGAUGGAAUUAAUCCUGUUUGGUUAGGUAACACAAAACAAAACUUUCAUUAAUUUUUGGCCUUAUUUAGGAACAUUAUCAUCAUGUAGAAUUUGAAUAAACAAUAUGCUUGCUUGGUGCAUUUUGUUCAGAUAUAUUUCUUUUCAGAAAAAGAAAAGCUUCAGUAGCUUAGUAAUGUUUCUAUGGUUUAUUGGAACAUGUAAAAAAAAGAUGAUCUUAAACUUAUCUGAUCAUUUAUUUAAAUGACAUGUUUUGUACAGUACUAGUAAUAGUUAAUUCCCCGCUAUUUGAAAUCAUGCAACUGUCCUUCAUUUUGACUGUUUAAUAUCAUACAUAAGAGAAGUCGGGUGAGGUAACUGUUUUGAACCAAUUCGUUGUCAAGGACACUGUUCAAUAACUAGCAUGCAGUACAGCGCCAAUAGCAUUAUGAUUUAUCCUCAUUCUGGUUAUUGAACAGUUAAACUCUGCCUACUUGUUUUUCUGCUGUACAUUUAAUAAGGGAGUUAUUGUUGAGAUGAAAGGAAAACACUCUCAAAAACAGUACAAGUACUCCUUUCUGAACUCUAUGUUUAACGUAUCUCAGUUUACAGACAUACUAUUAUUUUAAAGAAAUGUGAUAAAAAGAAAUCCUGUUAUUCUGUUACCAAUAUGAUUUUAUUACCUUGUUUAUGUUUUGUUUAAGAGAAAAAUUUUGUAUUGUCAGAGCAAAUUUUAUCCUAGUCAUCUUAUUGCUGACAUGAGCAUACUUAAAUGUCGACCCUAGCUUGGUUUAAACAUAUUUUAUCAAACAAAAGUACACAAUACGUCAAUUAUAUACUAUUGUUUACAUUCAUUUUAAGAAUGGUAGAAAUAAACGUAUAAAGUUCUAAGUUUUAAAAACUACCAUUCUUACACGUAAAUGUUUUUUUAAGAUACAAUGUAAAAUCAAAUUAAUUGCCACUAGAGAAAUGAAACCAUACCAAAUAGUCAGAGCUGUGGGACCACUCUAGAUGUCAUUCAUCGCAGGUUUCGCAGCAUUUUGGGUACAAAAUUACUCCUUUGGCGAAUAUCCCAUCAACCGAUGGGAGUAAAACUCCCCCUUUGGCUUUCAAAAUUUUCAAAAGUCACACUAAGGGAUGUGAGGGGGUCAAGCCAUAAUGCAGCCAUUAUAGGGCGCAGGCAGACCUUUAUAAACUCAACAACAACAACAACAUAUUAAGUUCCCCCCCUCCACUACAAGUAUAAAAAUGAAACUUGGGACUCGAUCAGACUCACUAUAAUUAAGUCGCAUAACUUCAGCUAAAUUUGUUAUUUGAUUUUGAUUUACCUGGUAUUGCCCAUGAUUGAAUAAGAAAAAACAGACAGGCCUCUUGCUUCUUGUAUAUAAUUUUCUGGCAAAAUUUUGUUGUUACUUUUUUGUGCGCAGAAAAAUGGUUUUGCUUGCAAGAAUUGUUUGUUUAAGCCAAACAAAACUGAUUUUGUGAUUCCUGUUACAUGAUCAAAAACAAGCUAAGUAGGUAGGGGAAACAUUUCAUAUUGGAAUUUCUUUUCAUUUUUUCUUUUUGUUUUGUUUUAUUGUGUACAAAGUAUGUAUAUUCUUUUAAUUUGUUUACAUACAUACACAUUCUGUCAUUAAUGUUGCCAAGAAACCGACACAAUACAAGUAAACUGUAUCAAGUUUGUACAAAUCAACGUUCCACUAGUUUUACAAUUCCAACAAUAAUAAAAAUAAUAUAUAUACGGUAUGUAUAUAUAUUAUAUAUGUUUUGUUUUUUUCUUAUUAUUUAUUAGUUCAUUAAUAUUAAGUGUUUGAAUUUAAUAUAGGUUCGGUUGAGUUACUUGAACCGUAAUAUUAUUUUCGAUUUAAAAUGGGUUCGGUUGAGUAACUGGAGCCAUAAUAUCAUUUUCAAUUUAAAAUAGGGUCGGUCGAGUAACUGGAACCAUAACAUCAUUUUCGUUUGGCCUAUGUCCCGGUAGUCAUGCAGUCAGAUUUAUGUGUUCUUAUAAAUGGCAAAACCUGUGGAGUUAAGUUUUAUUUCUACCUUAUAAGGUAUUGUUUGAAUAUGUUGUUAGGUAUUUGUUAAUUUAUAACCUUUUUUCAUGUUUUUUGUUUUUUGUUCAUUUAAAAUGACUAGGAUGUUAUUAUGUGUUAAUAUAUUGCUUUAAAUUUUCUUUUGAAGAAAUAUUGUACAGUUUGGGAACUUUGUGAUUAUUUUACGUACAAGUGUGAUACAGAUUCAGCUAUGUAAAUGUGAACUGUUGUUUUAAAUGGUCAUGUUUCAAAAGUGAUUGUUAUUAUGAAAUGUGAUUUUCUAAUUCAUUUAGAACACAGAAAUGUUGAAGAAAUCUAUGUAUACUUUGAAUAUUUCAAGAGAGAACUUGUUUGUGAUUUUCUAAUUCAUUUAGAACACAGAAAUGUUGAAGAAAUCUAUGUAUACUUUGAAUAUUUCAAGAGGGAACUUGUUUGUGAUUUUCUAAUUCAUUUAGAACACAGAAAUGUUAAAGAAAUCUAUUGUUAACUUUAAAUAAAGCAAGAGGGAAAUUGAAAGUGAUUUUCUUAUUCAUUUAGAAGAAAUCUAUGUUACAUAUUGUUAACUAUGAAUAAAGUACGAGGGAACUUG